AUGGCAGCCUUCGUCUUGGUUGAUACUGCUAAAUAUCAUGAGAAGCUGGAUGCUAUUUUGUCUGACGAGAGCAAUCGGUAUAGCCUGCAGUCUUCGGCAGAACUCUUAGAAGCCAUCAAGGACACCCAUGGCACAGGGAUUAUCGCCUCACUGGACGUGGAAUCCCUAUUUACGAACGUGCCUGUCGACGAAACCACAGAUAUAAUCCUUGAUCGUGUCUACAGGAAUCAGUCAACAGCUCCUCUCAACAUACUUGAAGCCUCGCUCCAUACGCUGCUAGAGGUCUGCAUGAAGAAGGCCCCUUUCUCCCCCAACUAUGGCCAGAUGUUCCGCCAGAAGGACGGCGUAGUGAUGGGCUCCCCACUGGGGGUCCUCUUUGCUAACUUUUAUAUGGGCACCAUGGAGGAACGGGUUUUUGCCAGGAUGGCCUUUGUCAGGAGAGCCCUCUCCCACUGCUCGAUCUGGCAGGACACUCACCAGGAAUUCGACCGUACCUCCCAAGUACUUGUGAAUAACGGGUAUUCAAAUAAAUCAAUCACUAAGGAAGUCCGCAAAGCCCUGGAGAAAUGGUAUGGUAGUGAGAGCCCGCAGCCCCGCCCCAGGAUAAUAUCAAGCUGUAGGAGACCCCUGAAGCAGACGCAUGUAGUGUACCAGCAUACAUGCCUAGUCUGCGAAUGUAGCGGUGCCUACGUAGGUAUGACUACCAUGCGCCUGUCGAAGAGACUCUCAUGCCACGCCCAAGAGGGGGCUAUCAAGAAUCACGCCUGCACCAAACGUCAAGAGGCCAUCUCAUACAGAACACGAAGAUCAUCGGGAAGGCCCCUGAUGCCCGUCGGUUGCGCCUGCUGGAGGCGCUUCUAA